AUGACGACCACCACGCCAACGGCGCUGACGCCUCGCAUUGAGCAGCUCUUUAACGAGGAUCUGCCUUCGCCUUCUGCCUUUUUGCUGGGUAAAACGCCCACUCACUCCAAGUUUAGCAGUCCCACGGGGGGCAUGAUGACCGUUGCUGAGCUUGACACGCUGCUUGGGAGCGAAUUGUCCUCGGCCACGCCCUUGGAGGCGCCGGAGCCCGACAUCAGCCUGUUGGCCCCCGCUCCCACCAGCCGCCGGUCAACCCGCACCUCGACCCUCGGCACCAAUAUCUCUCAGGCGAUCCGCUCUGCCGCUGGGGCUGCAGCCGCCAACACCACCAGCAGCUCCGGCAAAAGCAACACUAGCCCGUCCACCCGGCAGCUUCGCAAGCGACGGGUCGACCCUCAGGCUUACCAGGACCACGAUUCGUCGGACGACGAUGCGGCUGCCGAGCCCACACCCAAGCGCAACCAUGCGCUGCAUUCACAACCCUCGCACGACGAUGACGACGAUGGCAGUUCUCACCGCAGUGCCAGUCGUACCAUGCACGAUAGCGAUGAUGAUCUCGGCCACGACCUGCUCAUGUCGCCAGAAGAGGAGGCUGAGCUUCGCCAACUUUUGGCCAAACGGCAGGCCGAACUCGACGAGUGCACCAAGCACAUGAAGGGCAUGACCCCGGCACAAAAGAAGCGUCUCCGCAACAAGCACGCCUCGUGCGUUUCUCGCCUCAAGAAGAAACUGUACAUUUGCAACUUGGUGCGGGAGCUCGACCGCGCCAAGGAGACGGCGGCCGCGUUUCAAGACGACAUGGAUGCUCUGCGUGCACGCGUUACGGAGCUUGAAGCAGAAAACCAGCACUUGCGCUCCGCUGCUGGUUCGGCAGAUUCUGCCGCCUCGUACGUUCAGACUGAGACCGCAGCGGAUGCCUCGGAUGCAGUCAUGGGCAGCAACAUUAGCGAACCAGCGCUCUCACCCAGCCGUCGACCCGAGGCCGCAAGCGGGGUGGUCUGCCUGUGCCACGGCGAGCCCACGAAGGAGAUGUUGUGCUGCAACGUCUGCUCCGACUGGUUCCACUACGAGUGCCUGGGCUUGUCCAAAAAGGAGCAUCACCACGCCUUUACCUGCCCGCCCUGCGUUCAAAGGAUGGACUUUUUGCGCACAUAA